AGGAGGGUGAAGAUGACGAAGAGGAGUCCAACUGUCCGCUCUCCCCACAGCGGGAGGUUUUGAAGUCAAGACGCGGUUCACCUACAUGACCUGUCGCCUUCACGGCUUCGACGUGCGGGAUGGGCUAGGUCUGGGGGACGCGGCAAAUCUCACAGGCUUCAGAUGUGACCAUGGAUACGACCAUAGAGGAGAUCACCCGCAUUGACUCGAAAACGGCGCGGGUGAGCUUCGACUCCGCCGCCGCCUUCCUCUCGACGGCGCAAAGCUCGCGCACGGCUUCGAGGGAAAACCCUCGGCAGCCGCUUUGGGUGAAGUCGGAGUCGGAGGUGUCUGGAAUGAUCAGCUCCCCGCCGCUCAGCCCCUUGCGCCUUCCGCCUUCGCUGGCACGGAUCCACGACGCCUGGGAUGGCGACUUCGAGAACCGCAAGACCAGCCACGACCCCUCGCGGCGCCUGAAGAAGAUCAGCACCUCCCGGGCCGAAGCGAGGCCCAGCUGCUUGGUGCUGAGGCCGAAUAGCGCGCUUUGCCUGAUCUGGGAUGUGGUGUGCCUGCUCGCCACCAUGCACGACAGCGUGAUGAUUCCUCUGCUCUCGGCCUUCGAAAUCGACCCCUCGGGGUGGCCGGAGAUCAUGGCGGCGGUGAGCGGCGCGGUGUGGCUGCUGGAUGUGUUCCUGGCCUUCUUCCGGGGGUUCCUGAACAUCCGCACAGGCUUUGUGGAGAUGCGGCUGCCGCAGAUCGCCUUCCACUACCUCACCGGGUGGUUUGUGCCGGACAUUGCUCUCCUGUCCUUGGAUGGCCUCGCGAUGUUUAUGCAGGACCAGCAGACCUUAGAGUCGCUCACGCUGCUUCGGCUCUUCCGGAACCUGCGCUUGCUGCGACUUUUGAAGAUGACCGGGCGACUUUCCUUGCUCCGAGAGGUAUUCGCGAGCCUGGACUAUGGGGUGGAAUGGGCCUCCGUCCAGAUGGAGACGGCGGUGAGCGUUCUGAAACACCUCACAUUGAUUGCAUUGAUGUGUCACUUUACCGGCUGCGCCUGGUAUGCCCUGGGCAGAUAUGAAGACACCAGGUCCUGGGUGGAGGUGCACCUCGCCGAUCGGCUGGCAGAAGAUUUGCCCACCGACGCGGGGUACUUCUACAUCACCUCGGUGCACUGGGCACUGACGCAGUUUACCCCGGCGGCCACGGAGAUUGGCGCCGUCUCUGGGCCGGAGCGCGUCUUCAGCGUGACGGUGAUUUUGGCGGGCCUCACUUUAUACAGCUUCUUCCUGGGAUCUAUCAACCAGUCUCUCAGCAAGCUUCGGAGCAUGACGGCCCAGGAGUCCCGGCAGAACAUGCUGGUGCGACGCUACAUCAGCGAGAAGAAGUUGUCUUUGGACUUAGCGGCAGACAUCUUGACCUGCAUACGCCAACGCGGACUGGGCAAGGCGAGCAGCAAGAUUGUGUUCAGGGACAUCAAGGUGCUGGAGAGUUUGCCUCAUCGCAUCCUGCAACAGUUGCAACUGGAAGUCGGGGUGCCCAUCCUCGAGAGCCACGCCAUGAUGAAGCACUUGCUGGCGCUCUCCCGGGAUGUGGGCGCGUUGUGCCGGAAGGCGCUGGUGGAGCUCAGUAGCUUCUACGGGGAGGAGUUGUUCUCCGCCGGAGGCUCUGGGGACCACAUGUACUUCCUCCGUGACGGACGCCUGGGCUACCGCGUGGACUGGACGGAGCACCUGGCGCCGGGCGCGCGAGUGGGCGAGACCUGCCUGUGGCUCAAGUGGGAAUACCGGGGCCAGAUGACCUGCGCGGACCAGCACUCGCACCUCUUCCAGCUGAAUGCGGAGACCUUCCGCAAGGUGAUGUGCCGGAGCCAUGAGGCGGAGGUGUGCGCCACCUACGCGCGGCUGUUUUUUAAGGCGCUGACGGAGUGCGAGGAGGCCUCGGACCUCUUCGGGGACGACGCGCAGGUGGCGCAGAUCAUGCGCUGGGUCCGCAGCUACCAGAUGUCCGCGGUGAGCUUGGCGCAGACUUUAGGCCCGGUGGCCUUGGGCAACGUCUUCGCGGCCUGGCGGGGCCUGAUCAAGGGGAAGGAGAGAGCGCAACCUCGAGCCAGCCCCAUGUGCUGCCUUCCAUUCCCCAAGGCGCAUGCCCGACAUGCCCAGCGCCAAGAUAGUUUGUAGGUCUGGGUGUCUAAAAUAGGACUCGGGUGUCUUCUUUUAGGGGACACCCCCCAAAACUGUGGCUUUCUUGUUGGUUUCUCUCUUGGUUUG